AUGCCGGAGUUCACUUCUCACAAGAAGAAGUUUAGUCGUGAUUCUGUUCCUGCGAAUCAUUGGGCACGAAGGUACAGGAUGAUUACGAGCAUAGAUGAUUUGAAAUCUUUGCGGUUUUGGAAGGCUGUAGGAGCCGAGUUCCUGGGAACUUUGUUACUGGUGAUGGUAGGGUGUGGGUCAUGUGUGGCUUGGGAUGCUGAUAAUAAAGUAGUACAGAUCGCAUUCUGUUUCGGACUCAGUGUUGCAACUAUUGUAUGGAGCAUUGGACAUGUAAGCGGGGGACAUAUCAAUCCCGCGGUCACGUGUGCGUUCUUCAUCACGCGUCAAAUAAGUUUGGCACGUGCCGUUCUCUACAUCGUAGUACAAUGCCUGGGUGCAAUUAUUGGCGCGGGAUUGCUGAAGGGAAUGACACCCGUCCGUCGUCAGGAUAGUCUGGGUGCUACAGUACCACACAGUGACGUAGAUGGUGGCAAGGCGUUUGGAAUUGAGUUCUUUAUAACAUUUAUUCUCAUCUUUACCAUUUUUGCGACAUGUGACAAAAAACGUAAGGACUUAGGCGGUUCCUUUCCACUGUCUAUUGGCCUUGCUGUGACCAUGUGUCACCUGUUUGCAAUCCAGUUUACCGGAGCUAGCAUGAACACCGCACGUAGUUUCGGACCUGCAGUUGUCAUGGGGAUAUGGGAAAAACACUGGGUCUACUGGUUAGCACCGCCCCUAGGGGCAUGUUGUGCCGCCCUCAUGUACGACAAUUUGUUUUCCAUGAACGCGUCGUUAGAGAAAGCACGUGGAUUUCUUCUAUCAAGUGACUACGAUCACGAAGAAUUUCCCGCCAAACGCAAAAAGAUCAAGGUCAUCCAUGAAGAAGCAGAAGAGCUCAAUGUCGACCUGAACCAGAAACCAACGGAAACAGCUUGA